UUGUUUACUAGUUUUCCGGGUUUAUUUUGCUGCAUGAAUUUCCUACAAGCAUCUCCAUUAGAAACGCUCAUCACAUGGUUUUUUCUGAAAACUUUUAAGUCUAGUUGAACAUAUUUGUUGUGACUAUUGUGACCUGUCUUUUUUUCUGUAAUUGUUAUUAAUUGUUAAAAGUGGCCAUGGCGUCACAAGAGGAAAUCAACCUUUGUGCUGAAUAUUUUAAGGAAAUAGCUGACAAUACAGCUGUAGCUCGUAAAUUCGUUGAAACUAUCACAGCUAGAAUUGAAAAUGGUGAUCUGGAUAUGAAACAUGGGAAUAAUUUUUUGAAUGCUCGUAAUCAGCUGAUGGCUGCUUACUUGACUAACUUAACUAGAUUAUUUCAAAUCAAAUCCUCUGGGUUGCAACUGGAAGGGAAUCCUGUUGUAGAUAGGUUAGUUGAUCUUAGAGUUUACAUUGAAAAAAGUCAGAAAAUCUAUAAAAAGAUGAGUUACCAAAUUGAGAAGAUUUUAUCUCUUGGUAAAAAUGUAACCGAUAAACAAAACAACCCACUCGCAUUCAAGCCUGCACCACACAAUUUAUUAGAUUUUGACGAAGAUGAAGAUGAAGAAGAAGACUAUGAAAGUAAUGAUGAACAAAAUAAAUUGUCAAAAUCGAUAGGAACUAAAAAGAAAACCGGAAAAUCGAACGUUUAUAUACCUCCUAAAGUUGCUGCCAUGAUGUAUGACGAUGAUGAGUCUGCUGAAAUAAGCAAACAAAAAGCUAUUGAAAAAGCAAAGAAAAGAGCUCUGUCAAGUAACAUUAUUCAAGACUUACGACGAGAAUAUGAUGAAGGUCCAGAAGAAAUCUCAACUGGCUCCAUCAGGAAGAGGAAGAUGGAAAAGAAAUUGAAUGAAAUCAAAGAAUAUGAAGAAGACAACUUUAUUCGUAUCACAAUGAGUAAAAAAGAGAAGGCUAAAUUGAAACAACCUCUGACAUCCGGUAAAAACCUUGGUGAUGAGAUUACUCAAUUUGGGGAUACUUCUUUCUUAACAGCAGGAACUAGCGGAGUUAAUCUGAAUCAGAAAACUAAAUCUAAAAGCAAGCCAAAAAACAAAUCAAUCAAAAAGAAAAGAGGUAAAAGAAAAUUCCGAAAAUGAUUUUAAUCAUUAUCUCGACUCUCGAUUAAAGUUUAUUUACAAACCAAAACACUAUUUGUAAAUAUUUAAAGUAUUUUGCUGUACUUUCUUUGCAAAUAAAUCACGAAAAAAAUGCAAUAAAGAUUUGUAAAUUGAAA